AUGGCAAUGCCUACCAUGGGUAGCGACUUUCAGCUAUUCUCCCCCUUACAAUCCUCGGAUAGAAGAGACUCACAGGCCGAAUCGACAACAUUCGCCCAAUCUACAACGGAGGAUUCAAGCCAGGACUGGACGCAGUGGAUGAGGUGGGAUGACCAGGGCUUUGCGGAUGGGAUUAAAGAUCUAUCCCGAUCUCCCUUUGAUGCUGCGUUCACUUCGCCCAAUGCAUCUAUAGGAAAUACAGAUCUCUUUCAGAAAACGGAUUUUUCCCCGGAUAUCUCCCUCGAUUGUACCAACCUCCCGUUUGAUUCCCUCCUCGAUCAAAGCUACAGUGGCUUGCCUCAAUCGAAACCCGGAUCUACUGGCAUCGACCUACACUCAGCGCUGUCUGCUACGUCCGGCUCUCCGCUUUCAUCGGAAGGGGCGAGUCGUAAACGCAAGUCGGGCAGUGAUGAUGAUGGAUCGACCGUGAGUGGCGUCGUUCAGACCGGCAAAAAGAUGCCGGCCAAGAAGCGAGCACACAACGUCAUCGAGAAACGGUAUCGAGCAAACUUGAAUGAGAAGAUUGCCGAGCUGAGGGACAGCGUGCCUAGUCUCCGGGCCUCGAAAAAUGCAUCGGGUAAUCUCCUCGAUGAUGAUGACGGCGAAGGGGUCACUCCAUCCAACAAGCUGAACAAGGCCUCCAUUCUUUCCAAAGCAACCGAGUAUAUCCGUCACCUUGAAAUUCGCAACAAGCGACUCGAGGAUGAGAACAUGGCAUUGAAAAACCGACUUCGUCAAGCGGAUAAGGCCGUUGACCAGUCGCUAACUUCCGCAGCAUCCGUUUCAUCUCCCAGCAACUACACCGUGUCCACGGAAUCUGGCGCCAGCUCAUCACCGAGCGUGUUUUCGCAUGUAGAGGAUAGUCCCAGCGACCACUCCCCGACCACAUUGCAUCCCCCAGAGGGCUUGAUCAAGGUACCAGAUGCGUUUAAACGCAUGCGGGAAGAGUCCGCAAAAGACAACGCUUUCUCUCAGUCAUACAUGCAGUAUCCGAGCAAAACCAGUACAUCGUCAACCGGUCGUGCCAGGCGGUCAUACUACCCCAACAAAUACAUGCUUGGUGCUCUUGCAGGGCUCAUGGUAAUCGAGGGCAUGGGCAGCGAAAAGAAAUCCGAGUCAACCGCCAAAGGACUAUUGGCGGUUCCGACCAGCUUGUUCAGCAGCCUGCAAACCACUCUUCAGAGCCCAACGGUCGCGUACUGGCUUGCAAUGGCUCGAAGCUUUUGGUAUUCAUGGCACGCACGAGCAAUCUCGCAUUUCCUCAUCCUCGCUACCUUGGUCGUUGGCAGUGCGUUCGUGGUAUUUGUUUAUCUUUUCAAUGCUAGUCCCGGACACCAGGCUUCUUCCUUGAAGACUGCUACUGCUACGUUAUCGUCAUCGAACUUCCGACGCCAGGCUUGGUUGACCAGCAUACAGCGAGUCGGUGUCCCACGUCACCGCUUUUUCCACGAGUGGUAUGUCGUGACGUCGCGCUGCUUCGAGUACAUCCUACGGUGUCUCCUGGGAUGGAAGCUCUACUCUUCGAUUACGGGCGUCACCGAGGAGGAUGAGAAGGGCCGAGUCAAGACCUGGGAUAUUGCAAUCGACGCCCAACUGGCCGGUGGCGAUGCCGAAAUCAGUAAGAGUCGAUUGGUCCUCACCAUCUUUGCCGCCGGCACCUUGCCUAGGAGUCCCAUGAGAAUGAUGCUCAAAGCUCUUCAUUGUCGCAUUUUGCUCUGGCGAGUCGGAGAUCGGGGAUCGUGGAGCUUUGACUUGUCUAACGAUGUCGCUCAUAAACUGGCGAGAUACCAAUGGGACCUUGCUCGGAAGAGACAUCAAGCCAUGCCGAAAAACCACCCGGAUGCUCUGCCCAGUCACUUGGCUGCAUUGUUGAAACUGGAUUGUGAUGAAGUCAUGAUUGACAGCAUAGUGCAGAGGGCGGCAAACCUUACCUGGAACCGUCCCACACAAGAAGGUGCUGAUGAUGACCAGGCUCUUCUGGAUGUAGUGGAAGAGGAUCCAGCGAUUCAAUCCGCUCUGGAUGCUCUUGCAGCUUGGUGGUCCAGUCAUCUCUUGCAACGGGCACUGCUCCGAUAUUUUGAAGCCAGCACUGGUGGCCCCGACGCUAAGAAGAGUCGUGACCUGUUCAAAGCCAAGAUCAAACUUGCCCUGGACGUCGCUCCCCAGCCUUCUGCUGCCCAUACUCGCGCCCUUGUAAUGCAGGCGGUGUUCUUCGAACAGGACCGCGCUGCGAACAUCGGAGCAGUCCUUGCUGCGCUGCCGAAGGACAAAGGAAAGAGUAAGCAAAACCAAGCCACCAACUUUCUUGAUUCGUCACUGCCCGUAUCUGUACGGGAAGAGAUUACGAUUUCAGUUCGUUGCGCCAUGAUUGCGGCGAUUUUCACGGCACGGACUACGGGCGACACAUCUCUGCCAGAACGUUUCACGAUCCAGAAGGCCACCACUUGGUUCAAUCAGCUGCCACUUGACCCAGUAGAACUGACGCUACUCGGAUUUGCGUCGGUUUACCAUUUGCUUCACGUUCUGGCUUCCGACACUGACUAUCUGUCUUCCUCCGAAUCCUCGCCGUCUUCGCCGGCCUCUCGCAGCUCCACUCCCUCCUCGGUUUCAGAUGAUGAAGCGGACGAACAACGGAUGUUGCAGAAACCCGAGAUCCUACAGCAGUCUAUCCCUAAUCUUGGUCGGGUGGCAUCCGAACUGAUGUACUGGGCGCGGAAUGCGUACAACCCCGCCUUCUAUGGAUUCACCUCUCAGCUUGUGAAAGUCAUCGAAACCGAAUGCACGACUCUAUGUCAUAGCGCCGGGGUCGACGUGGCCGAUUACUCUCAUGUCCAGGAAGAGAAGAGAAAAUCAAAACAACCUGGAGCCCAGCAGUUCCAAAUUCUGUGCAAAUCCGCCAACACUGAAUACAAACUCUGA